UUAGCUAACUAACGGAUUAAUGAACUGAUAGCUAUAUUUUUAAAAAUGAAUGCAGUUGUAUAUACCGUUGAGUUUCAGAAACGUGGUCUCCCGCAUGCCCACAUACUGUUAUGGUUCGAAGGAUUUAAAGGAGAACCAAGUGCUGCUGUAAUAGACCAGUACAUCUCAGCGGAGCUACCAAACAAAGAGACAGACAGGGAAGGGUUUGAAUUGGUAGAGCGGCACAUGAUGCACGGACCCUGCGGCCGGGACAGACCAAAAUCCCCCUGUAUGGAAAAGGGAGAGUGCACCAAGAACUACCCAAAGUCUUACUCAGAUAAUACGAGGAUUGACAAAUCAGGCUUUGUGGUUUAUAAAAGGCGAGCUGAUGAACGAAGCUCUGUUCUGAAAGGUGAUACCACUAUUGGUAAUCAGUAUGUUGUGCCUCAUAACCUCAGCCUUCUCAAGAAAUACCAAGCGCACAUAAACAUUGAAUGGUGCUGCAAGACAAAUGCAAUAAAGUAUCUGUUUAAGUACAUCACGAAAGGGGUUGACAGAUCCACUGUUCUGCUUAAAAAGACUCGAGAAGAAUCGGUUGAAGAUGGUGAAAAGAAAAAGCAAAAGAUCGAGGUUGAUGAGAUCGAGAAGUUUCAAGAUUGUAGGUAUAUCUCCGCCUGUGAAGCAUCAUGGAGACUUUUUUCGUUCCACAUUCAUCACAACCAACCUUCAGUCAUGAAGCUUGCACUACACCUUCCUGGGAAGCAGAAGCUCGUGUAUGACGAAGAUAAAAACUUAAGGGACGUACUGUCAAAAGAGGACGUAGAAAAAACAAUGCUAACUGCGUUCUUUGUGGCAUGCCAGACUUAUGAGGAGGCAAGAGAACUCACGUACAUUCAGUUCCCAACAAGGUUUACAUACCACCCCGACAGUAAAACCUGGACACCAAGAAAAUCGGGGGCUUCCAUAGGAAGAGUCACCUAUGUGCAUCCAGCAUCUGGAGCUCUUUACUAUCUGAGAAUGCUCAUUCAUGUUGUCAAAGGACCUACUGGUUUUGAAUAUCUCUGUACAGUUGGCAGUACAGUAUAUGAAGAGUUCAGGGAUGCUUGCUAUGCCCGUGGUCUACUUGAUGACGACAAGGAAUGGCAUGAAGCUAUCGAAGAACCAUCGCACUGGGCAACAGGAUGGCAGCUACGGAGGUUGUUUAUCAUCAUACUGAUCUACUGUGAAGUCGCUAAUCCUUUUAAACUCUGGGAACAUGCAUGGAAGUUUUUGUCUGAAGACAUUCUCUAUAUGAAACAGAAAGAAUUCGGGUUUCCGGAAUUGAUUCUUCAGGAUGAGCAACUUCAGCAAUAUACUCUGAUGGAGAUUGAGAGACUCUUGAAAGAGAAUGAUAAAUCACUCACUGAUUUCCCUGGAAUGCCUCGGCCAGACGAAACUAUUCUCAAGGAGAUUUCUAACACAGUUCUUCGUCAAGAGCUCAAUUACGAUACCGAGAAAGAGAGGAUUGAGCAUGAAAAACUAUUCACAACCACCAACGAAGACCAGAAGAAGAUAUACAACGCUGUCAUCGAUUCAGUUGAUAAACAAGCAGGAAAGCUAUUCUUCUUAUAUGGGGCUGGAGGCACUGGUAAAACGUAUGUCUACAGAACCAUUAUCGCGAAGCUGAGGUCAAUUGGUAAAGUGGUUAUUCCUGUUGCGUCUGCUGGGAUUGCAGCUCUCCUACUCCCGGGUGGAAGGACUGCGCACUCACGUUUUAAGUUACCCCUGAACUUGACUGACGAGACAAUGUGUGAAAUCCCGAAAAACUCAAUGCUGGCAGCGCUGAUUGUGAAGACAGACUUGAUCAUAUGGGACGAGGCACCCAUGGCACAUCGUCAAGCUUUUGAAACACUGGACCGUACGCUCAGAGAUCUUCAGUCCACUGCAAACCCAGAAGCUGCUUCAAAACCUUUUGGUGGUAAAACUGUGCUUCUCGGUGGUGAUUUCAGACAAAUAUUACCAGUAAUUCCUCAAGGAACCCGCCAAGACACUGUUGCAGCAUCGAUCAGCAAGUCCUAUCUAUGGGCGUCUGCAGAGGUCUAUACUUUGUCGAUCAACAUGAGACUUAGUCAAGCAGAUAAAGAAUUUGCAGAAUGGAUACUAAGUGUUGGCAAUGGCACAGCUGCGACUGCAAGAUGUAGAGAAUGUACUAAUGACGAGAGUGACCAGGUUUUAAUAGGGAAAGAAUUCGUGAUCCCCACAAAUGAUGAUCCACAUCAGUCUUUAUCAGAGGCAGCAUACCCCGACUUCGUCAAGAACUAUUUGAAUCGUUGUUACUUAACAGAGCGAGCGAUAUUGGCACCUACAAAUGCAAGUGCACGUGAUAUAAACGCUUACCUCUUGUCCAAGGUACCAUCUGCAGAGAAGGAUUACUUAAGUGCUGAUAGUGUUGCCUUCGAAUCUACACCAGAAGAUGACUGGACAUCAAACUACACACAAGAAUACCUUAACUCACUCGAGUUCCCAGGCUUGCCCACCCACAAACUUAGUCUCAAGGUUGGCGUCCCAGUUAUGAUGCUACGCAACCUGAACCAACGAAACGGACUUUGCAAUGGAACGAGGAUGAUGGUUUCAAGACUAGGUAACAGAAUAAUACAAGCCGAGGUGCUUACUGGGACUCAUGUAGGCGACAGCGUUCUGCUCCCGAGGAUUCAGUUAUCGCCUAACGACGCAUCGCAUCCAUUCACGUUUCGAAGGCGACAAUUUCCCAUUAAAGUUUGCUAUGCGAUGACUAUAAAUAAAAGUCAAGGACAAAGCCUCAAACAGGUCGCUCUCUAUCUCCCGAGACCAGUUUUCAGUCAUGGUCAACUGUAUGUUGCUCUCUCAAGAGUGACAACACCUGGAGGUCUCAAAAUUCUCGAUGAUACAGAAACUACUACUUCAAAGGAAGCAGUUUCAAAUAUCGUGUACAGAGAGAUCUUCAGUAAUCUCAAUACAGGUUAGAUACUAACAAAUCUAUCUCAUAAUGACAUUUUAAUCGUAACAACUAUAUAUAAUCCACGCUUACACUUAUACAUUGCAGGAAGCAGGAUGGGUGACCAAUCCAGUGCUUAACGGUCAAUCCCACAACAGCACACGGUCAUCGGGGAGAUAAGAAACAAUAGAGAAAAAAGAUGAUGUUCAUUAAUAUUAGCCGCUGUUGUCUUUUAAAAUAAAUUUUAGGUUUUAUAAUCUCUUAUUUUAGAAAAAAUUUCACAAAGAUUACAAAGUUCCGUUUUCGCAUAUUAUUGUCUUCUAUUGGAGUUACUAAUUUCCUUAAUUCAAAAGAUCCACAUUUUAGGUUACUUGACAUAUACGCGAGCGUAGAUACAUAUGAGUCCUCUGUUGAGAUAUAGAAUUUAUUCGCCCAAUGCUAAAAAUAUUGUUUGUUCGAAUGGUUCACCUUAUGUAACUUGUCAGGCACGCGAAACAACAACACAUAUGAUUCUUGCCUCCAUUCAGAUUGGAAAUUUAAAAUCUUACGACACCACCUAAAUUAAAAUAUAUUAUUACAACAAUCACGCUGUUUAGUGUUUACUGAAACAACAAAACAGAAAUAUAUUAUUACAACAUUCAUGCUGUCUUUUCUUAA